AUGUUGGUGAUAAUUUGGACGAAGAAUUAUGCUUUCAUUAACACAAAAGCUACUACUUACGGUUGUGGGCGGGCAAAGGAAAAAUACGAAGCAGUUAGUCCCCAGGCAAGUUUUUAUGCUUUUCCUACUCAUGCUUCAUCAAAUUCGUUCGAACUUUGUUUCAGACAAACUAUUUUCGUCAUGUUUCAAGUUGAAUUCAAUGAGGGUUGCUUUCCUGAAAUCAAUUUCGCCUAG